ACUUGCUGCAGGUAAAACAAAACACAGUGACUCGCAAGAACCUUCAAAGGCACCUCUAAUCCGCACCAUGUCGUUCAAGGGCAUUUCCAGGAGUUUCUCCAGCUCAAGUCUGUCUAGCGGCAUCGGCUCAAGGGGCAAUUUGUUUGGGGCCAUAGGGAAUCUGGCAAACACAAUGCGUCCGUAUGUGCAGAUCAACAGCAGCAAUUUUCCCCAAGUAGAUGAUAAAGAGACCAUGAAGGGUCUGAAUGACCGUCUGGGGGAUUAUCUGUCAAAAGUGCGACUGCUGGAGGAAUCCAACACUAAACUGGAAGAGCAAAUCAGAGAGGCUCUGAUGAGAAAAGGAGCUGAGAGCGGCAGAGACUGGAGCGCCUAUGAGAGGAUCAUCGCUGAUCUGAGAAACCAGAUCCAGGAAAUAACUAUGGACAAUGCCAGACUGUUUCUACAGAUAGACAAUGCGAGGCUGGCUUCUGACGAUUUCAAAGUCAAGUUUGAGUCAGAGCAGGGCAUGCGACAAGGGGUGGAGCAGGAUCUGGCACGUCUCCGCAAGAUGCUGGACGACACUUAUAUGGGCCGUAUGCAGCUGGAGAGCCAGAUCGAGUCUAUGAGAGAAGAGCUGGCUUUCCUUAAGAAGAGCCAUGAUGAGGAUGUCGCCAACCUAAAGAGCCAGAUCAGCGACUGUCAAGUCAAUGUGCAAAUGGAGAAUAAAAACAGUCCAGACCUCAAUGACACCAUUAGUAAAAUCCGCACGCAGUACGAGCGAGCUGUGCAGAAGAGCCGCGAGGAAACUGAAGCCUGGUACCAAAACAAAUUUGACAACAUCACAGCUGAGGUGACUCAGAACACAGAAGCUCUGCAGACAGCAAAGACAGAGCUGAAUGAGCUGCGCAGGCAGAGACAAUCUGUAGAAAUUGACCUGCAGGCGCUUCACAACAUGAUUCGUUCGCUCGAAGAUUCACUGCAUGAAGUGGAAGCACACUACGGUCAGGAAAUCAGCGGAUACAACUCUCAAAUCAUGCAGCUGGAGGGAGAGCUGGGACAGGUGCGUGCCCAGGUGGAGCGCCAGACGGCCGAGUACGAGGCGCUGCUCAACAUCAAGUCCAAACUCGAGGCAGAGAUUGCCACCUAUCAUCGUCUUUUGGAGGGCGUUGUUGAUGACAAGGCGGGGGACAAAAACAGAGAGGAAUUUUCUUUAGAGCAGGCGUUGUAUGCAGCUCCACCUCCUCCUCCGUCUUCCGUAAAUCUUAAGAAAACCAUCAUCUGCACCCAAGAAAUAGUGGACGGGAAGGUGGUCUCUCAGAGCGAAUUUGAGCAAAAUCCUAUUAAUCACAAUGGCCAGGAGACUUUUGGGGAGGAAGAGGAGUUAAUAGAACAACUGGAGUUUGUGGAGGAAAAGAAGAUAACAGAACAACUGGAGUUUGUGGAGGAAAAGAAGAUAACAGAACAACUGGAGUUUGUGGAGGAAGAGAAGAUAACAGAACAGCUGGAGUUAGUAGAUCAAGUGGUGUCGGUGGGGGAAAAGAAGAAACCUGUGGAACAUGACGAGGAGGAAGCUUCUCCAAAUGUGGAGGAGAACGAGUGACUUUCUACUGCUAUGUCCUACAUUUCUCUUCCUAAUCUUACAGCCUCAGUGGUUCUUUAUCUCUGUCUUUCUUCCCUUCUUCCUGCUCAGUUUAUCAUUGUGAAGACCAUGACUAUCUUAUCAAUCUCCUGUGCCACAUUAAAACAUGUAUGAGACUCA